AUUUAUCUUUGUACUCUCCCUGGUUAUAAAGCUGCAUUUUCUGAUGUGUUAAUCCAGUAUUUGCAUUUACACCUAUUUCCUUCUAAGCCUAUUAUUACUGAGCUACACAUCCACUGUUUGUGCGUCCUGUAUCCUGGUAUCGAGGUGCUUUAUUUAAGAGACAAUGAGUGCAGGUGAGCUUGGAACUUUGAAACUGAAAAGGAGUCUAAAACUGCCUUUUUUUCACAUUGCUGUAUUUUAUAUGCCUGUCAGUGCACUGCAAUGAGAAUAGAACUGUUUUACGGCUUUUUUUUGUUUGUUUUGCUUUGAUUCAGACUGGAAUGCACAUAUUUUUAUAUAGUAUUAUAAUGAUCAUACAUUAGAAUCACACAUUUCAUGUCCGUAUAUAUGCUACAUAAUGCAGUAGGAUAUUUAACACCCAUAUGGAGAGCUCUGUUCACAAUGAUUCAUCAAUGUAGCCUUUACAAGUGGUGCCAAUUUAUCUCCCAGGCAUAUUCAUCAUAACAGAAUAUUUUCCCAAUGGGUUAUGUGAUUUUAAUUCAGUUUAUCAAUUAAAUCAGAUUUGUGACAAAAGAAAACUUGGGUAGACUCUGCAAUUGUGGAUACCUGUGAAAUAAAUUGAAAAGUUUGCGGCACGCUUGUUAUAUGAAGCUUAUUAUAAGCCAUUUAUUAUAUAAUGUUUUGCAUCUGUACAUUACCAUGCAUGCAAUGAAAAUAAACUAAAGUAUGGUUAACCAUCAGCACCAUAGCUCAGGUACUCAGUUUUAUCAACAAGAAUCUUAUCAAAUUAUCCUCCAUGUCCCUAAUUUAAUAGAACAUUCCAAACACCUAAAUAAGUUUUAACUGGUGAAGUGCUUUAUGUGUGAAGAGUCUGUCCUUUUUUUUUUUCAUUUUACAAAAAGUACAGAUUUCAGUAGAAACAUUUGUAAAUUAAUUCAUUACACUCCCUGUAGCGGUAGAAAGGGAAGAAGAGGAGGGAUUGCAAAGACUGCAGACAAGAGAUCUGGAGAUUUUGAAAGCUGUUUUUUUAAAUUUAUUUUUAAAUUUAAUUUCAUUUUUUAAUGAAUUUUUUUUUAAAUUAAGUUCACAUGACACAUGGAGCAACAAGUUGACAGCGUUACGAUGUCACUCCCCCAAAACUUACCGAUUGCAUGCAGUUGGUCUCACAAAAUAAAAUCUGAGAAUGUAUGGCUGGAAUACCCACUAACCAAAAAUCCAAAAUUUGGAAAAUAGCCUGGGACAAAUGGGCAGAGGUCAAAAUUCCUACUGAAGCUGUUUUUUUUUUAGAUAUAACCCUAAUAGGCCCCUUUAACUCACUCUGAAAUUUAGUUGGCGUGUUACGUUUUUAACGUAGAAAACAAUCUUUACUGUCUCUGUGUACACAUGGUAACUAGUGCAAAACAGUUAUUUAUACCAUAUUUCUUUUAAUUUUUCUUUCUCUCAAGAAACACUCUUGGCACCAUAACCACUACAGUGUGCUGCAGUGGUUAUGAUGCUUAGAGUGUCGUGGGCUCCUAAUGUGAGUUAUUAAACUGUUUGCUAAUGGAUGUAGAUAGUAGGAUCAGGGAGCAGCGCCUGUGAAGAAAAUUCCCACGCUCAGAGCGAUAUGGAGGAGGGAAGGAAAAAGACACGGAUAUAGUGUAGUAUGUUGAGAUCUUAAGUGAUGGUAAAUGAAGGGAAAGGAAUUGCACUCACAAUUUUCUGGAGCCUAUACUCAGCUCCAGAUAUGUGCGCCUGGACGGUACAAUCCCCGCCUAUGGAUAUGUAGAUGGUCCUUGGAUGUCCUCAAAAGGGGGUCUCCACUGGUGGUAUCUCCUUUCCAAUGGCAGUAGGCCAGUAUUUAAAUAGUUGGUGAUAUAUAAAAAAAGGAUAAAAACACAAAAUAGUGCUCUCUGGAUAAUACAAAAUAAAAUUAUAAAAAAUGGAGGUAUAUUCACAAGUGAAGAGCAAAUAGGAUAUUGCUCAAUGUAUGUAGGCGUAGGUGGUAUGAUCCCCACCAAGGAUAUCACUCCUCGAGUCCUCCGGUGGGGAUGUUGGAGAGAGUGGAAGGAAUUAUAUUAUUAGUUGUUUGCUUAUGGUUUGGCAACGUAUCUAAUGUCCACCAGGUUCCAGUCACCUGCUCCAAGAGAGCUGGAAACACUCUGCAUUGCAGGGCAUAGCUUAUUGGCUGUGAGUGAUCAGCUGAUGUUGUUAGCUAUUAUGCUGGCCCUGAAUGGAAAAAUCUAGCUCAGGAGAGCUAAUGGAGCUCCCACUUCUCAGUGAGGAAGUGAUGGGCAUCCAGCACUUCCCAGGUAAAAAGUCAAAUCAUUAGCAAACAGUUUGACUACUUACAUUGAGGGUACCUCAGCGUACUCCUGACUAUAUAACCACAACAGAAUGCUGUAGUUAUGGUGCUUGGAGUGUUCUUUUGUGUAAAAUUUAGAUUAUAUUUCCCAAUUCCCUUCUGACGAGCCUGGUCGGGUGAAACGCGCGCGUCAAGGGAUUUACCAUGCCGCUAACAACAUCAACUUGAUAUGCCGUUUCUACUACUGCACUCUAUUUUUCCUAUUAACCAGGGGGGUUGGAUCUAGGUACCCUUGAAGGCACGGGGGCUAUUUAGUCCGUUUAUUUGAUCUACUAUUUUUCUCAUAAUCUGCCUUCUUUUCUUUUCUCCAUAAUCUACAUAAGGAGCAUAGGUUGUUAUGGAGCAUGGAGUGUCUUUUUAAUAUGUUACAAGCCACAAAGACAAAAUGUUUUCUUGUUAGUAUUGGCCACGGAGUGAGCCAUGUAUUUUAGGAGUCUGACAUGGGCAUAUUCUGAUGACAGAUGAAGUUAAUAACAUUGAUUAUUUCGUUAAGAUAGCACCUGACAAGGGUUGGGAUAUAUUAGGCAGCAAGGGAACAGUCCAUUCUUGAAUUUCAUAUGAGAAACAAAAGGGUUCCGAAAAAAAUGAAGACCAUAUUUGAAUUUGACCAUAGAGGCAAUACCUGCAAAUUGGGUUAACCCUCGCAAUCAACAAACCCAUAAAAUUAUGCUAAAAGUGUACCCCAAAUAAAGGAGAAAACCAAUACAGGAAUUACUUCCAAAAAAGUUAUAAAAUGGAACAAAAGAGUUUUUUAACUUUAUUUAAAGGACCACUCUAGGCACCCAGACCACUUCAGCUUAAUGAGGUGGUCUCGGUGCCAGGUCCCUCUAGGGUUAACCCAUUUUUUUUAUAAACAUAGCAGUUUCAGAGAAACUGCUAUGUUUAUAAAUGGGUUAAUCCUUCCUCCAAUUCCUCUAGCGGCUGUCUCAUUGACAGCCGCUAGAGGCGCUUGCGUGAUUCUCACUGUGAAAAUCACAGUGAGAGCACGCAAGCGUCCAUAGGAAAGCAUUGAAAACGCUUUCCUAUGCGACCGGCUGAAUGCGCACGCAGCUUGCCACGCGUGCGCAUUCAGCUGAAUGGGAGGAUCGGAGGAGGAGAGCUCCCCGCCCAGCGCUGGAAAAAGGUAAGUUUUAACCCUUUCCCCUUUCCAGAGCCGGGCGGCAGGGGGUCCUUGAGGGUGGGGGAGUAUGUUUUCCUGGCACUAUAGUGGUCCUUUAAAACAAAAUGUAGAUGUCUAAAUAAAACUUAAAAGCUCUUUUGUUCUAAUUUAUUGCUUUUUGGAGGCAAUUCCUGUAUCGGUUCCGCUUUAUUUGGGGUACACUUUCAGUAUAUUUUUCUUGAAUUUAAUGUGUUGGAAGCAGGGCAAAAAUGGGCAAGUGAAAAGAUCUGAGUUACUUUGACAAUGACUAAAUAGUGAUGGCUAGAUGAAUGGGUCAGAGCAUCUCCAAAAUGGCAAGUCAAGUGGAGUGUUCCUGACACUGCAGUGCUGGAAUGCAGGAUUAGGUCCCCUGCACCGCCUUAGAUUGCUUUGAAAAGCUGCGUUUACUCACCUUUUUUCCCAUACAGCAGCUGGCUCAGUCUCCGGGGCUAGGAUUAUCAGUUUUGAUGUUCUCAGUCAAUCAAAUGCGUUACCAUAGGAAAGCAUUGGGAGGCUAUUCCACACGCGCGGCAAAACAUUAUGCUGCGACAAUCAGCAUUUCUUCAUAGAGAUGCAUUGAAUCAAUGCACCUCUAUGGGGAAUGUUCAGUGCCCCCUGGCAGAGCUUAAAGAUGGCCAUCUAAAUAACUGUCUAAAAAGAUAGUAUUUACAGUGUUUAGGCUGCAGGGACGUACUAUAGACACCAAAACCACUAUAUUAAGCUGUAGUCGUUCUGGUGACUAUAGUGUUUCUUUAAAGGAUCUGCUACAAAUGUCUUGGUGCCAGAAACCACACAAUAUGUUUAGAUGUCAUGUGGAGUUUAUGUCUCAAUGCAUCAGAUCUGUUUUGGAAGCACAAGGGGGACCCACACUAUAUUAGGCAGGUGGUUUAUUGUGACUGAUAAAUGUGUUACAUAUAAUCAGUUUUCUAGAAAAAACUGUGUAUGUUAAUAUGCUUUUGUUAUAUGAAUAUAUUAUUAAUUAUUCCUGUAUUUGGCCAUUUUUUUUUACUUUAAAAUAAUUUUUAAAAUAUAAUCACAAAUAUUUUGCCUUUUUGUUGAAGAUGAGAUUAAAGCAUUGGUCUUUGACAUUGGGUCAUGUUCAAUGCGUGCUGGAUAUGCAGGAGAAGAUGCCCCACAGGUAAGGAAUAAGUAUGUUUAUAGUUAAUAACCUGUUGUUAUUCUAAAGCCUAUUGAAAUAAUACAAUAAAAAAUGAAUUACAAUAAAAAUAUAAAAGGAUUAUCUGUGUCCUGGGCAAGAUUCUCUUAAAAAAAAAUCUUGUACAUGAGACCAUGUUGUUUGUCCCUGUGGAUGGGGUCUAAUCUAGUUGGCAAUAUUCCAUCUACCAGCUACCAACUUAGCAUUGUUUGAAGUGGUACUCCAAAAUUAUAACAUUAAUUGUUAUCCUGUCACCAUUAUUCUGCUGUAAUAACAGCAGCAAUUUGCAAACAUUUCUGUAUUAUGUAAAUUAUGUUCAUAUAUGGCAUGGGUGCAGAUAUAGAAGCACUUGUGUAACUGGUACAUACAUGAGAUCACUUACGCUAUAAGACACUUUUUAUAUUGCUUAAAAGUGUUGUGCCAUGAAAAUGGUAGUUGGGGUGGCACUCAAAGGCCAAUGGCUGGUACAGCAAAACCACUGUAGCAAGCUCAUGUUUCUAUGUCUCUUUAAUCAUUAAGCUUUAAUUUCAGUAUCCCUUUAAGUUCAAUGUCUUAUUCUCUUAUUGCACAUGCAUAGUUCACAUCGCCUUCUAGGGGAACAAUGACACAGUUAGAUAGAUAAAGAAAGUGUCACGUGAUGUACAAUUCAUGACUUAUUAUGGUAAGAUUAAGCUAUUGUUCAUUUUACCUUGUAAAGCAAGUUCAUGAGUUUUACAGCUGCUGUUUGUGAUAACAAGUUCCUUACUCACCCACAGAUCUUUAGUUCACUUUGCCCACAUAGGAAAGCAAGAUUGGAUUUACAAAUAAGUAGAUGAAGAGCUAUAACUACCUACAAAGACAAGAAUGAAAAAACACCCAAAAAUAUAAACAACUAGUGAUGAUGUGAAUUGUGUUUAAAGUGUAAUAUGUCAAAGGAAGGAACGGAAGGAAGCAUAAACAGCAAUUAUUCUCAAAUCUUCUAAAUGGCAAAAUUUGCAUCCACUUAGAUCAAAGAGUCUGGAAUCCCAAACAAACUGUAAACUGUCACAGCGUAACUCAAAAAAGUGUUACGUGCUGUAUCAGUCCAAGUGAGAUACACUUCUCAGUUUUAUACCACAGCUCAGAAUUUUUUGUAAAAAGUUGAUUAUAAUCUUAUUUAAUUGUAACUAAUUUUGUUCAUUAAACCAUAAACUCAGAUUAGAUUGGGAUCUGUCUUUCAAGUAGAAUAUGUAUACUACAAAUACAUUAUUUGCAACACACAGUUAUUCAUUUUCAGAGACAUUAUAGAUACUAAUUAUAAUUUUAUUUUUUUUUCAUUAUUUUUUUUCCUAGCUAGAGAUGAAAUGCCAGUACAUGUGUGCAAUUGCUGUAACUGAGUAAUUAGCUAGAGAUAAAAUAACACCAAUAAAUAGCUGUUAAGACUAUAAAGAGCUCAUUGUUUCCAGUGGGUGUAUGUGGAUCAAGUUAAAACACAUGAGCGUAAAGUGGUGGGGAGUAAAGAGAGAUGAGAAGGGAGAACAUGAAUCAACUUUCAUUUAUUAGUUGUCUGCUGCUUCCCAUACCUGCCUAACAUGCUUUGAGGCAGUCCAAUAAAUUAAUAGUUUAAAUUACAAAGCUUUCUCCUGAAAGUGCUGCCUCUCAGGAUGUUAGCUUUGACCUUGCAGUCCUUAACACUACUACAGUUUCUAUAGACUCCUAGAUAUUUGCCAUUUGGUAUACUGCACUUGAAUGAUUAAGGAUAAAGACUAUCCCAGCAUAGAAAACUGUUGGAGGCUCCUGUUUGUUUUUCAAUAGAGUAUGAUAAAAUGGAUAUUCUGGUCAUUGAUGGAGAUAGCUAGAUCCAGAAAAUUCAAAGCUGACCUACCAAACUCUGACGUUAAUCUUACAUUUUGAUCUUUGUUAUUUAGAGCAACCACAACAUUAUUAAAAUCCUCAAGAGUUCAUAACCACACAAUCAAAAUGUCAUCUGUAUAGCAACUCCAGAGGAAAAUUAAAGGGAGAAAUUGUGCAAUAGCUUCAGAGUGGACUAGUGUCUCUUCCCACCAACCCAGGCGAAUGAAAAGUUAUCCCCAUCGCAAUGCCCCUCACCUGGUGAUAACAUUUGUUGUAGAUAAGGAUAAACUCAAGAAGGGUCACUGUGAGCUUUGUGUGUUCCAUCAUGUUUUGAGAAGUCCCUUCUCAUAUCGUAGAAGAGUACAGUGACUCAACAUCAAACUACACAGAUGUGCUGCAUCAGAUCCCCGCAUAUUCAAGAAAAGAGCCAAAGCCUGCUUAGUGUCCUGAUUGUAGGAUAGCAGAGAUUCUACGAAAGGUAUGAGGAUUCCAUGCAGAUAGGUGCUACCAUUCAGAUUCUGAUACAAUUGGGCAGCCUGGCUGUUCAGUUAAGCUCUUAUGGAUUUUUGGCACCCAGCAGAAGGUUGAUAUCUUAGGGUGAUGAUUAAGAACAAAUUCUUAUUCGUCCCAAUUCAGCAAUCCCCUACUGCAACCACAUCCAAAAUGUUCUCAUACCGGAAAGUUUAGUUGGGUCUGAAUUGAGAAUUCUUUAGGUUUCCGUAUCACUGAGUGACCUUAAUGAUAUAGUGUCCAUUAUCACUAUAUUACACCCCUCAUCCUCUGGUUUUAUAAAUAUUUUGUUGUCCUUUUUUUAUGAAAUUAGUGCAUGUUGUUCUUUCUGGUUAGAUUACUGUUGGAUCGUAUAUCUGGAUGACGAUGUUCGAUAUUAACAUUUUAAAUGUAAUUUUCAAUGGCUUCUAAAAACAAAUCAGUAUUGUGAAAAUUGCUGAAAUUCGGGGUACAUUGGCUUUUAGGUUUCAAUUUAGUAUGCUUCAAAUGCAUUUGGCCCUCAUUCUCCAAAACCAGACCCAAAAGUGUUUGCGAACAUUCAUAAUCUUUCUUUGAUAAAUCACAUGCCUUUGCUUUUAUCUCAAUCUUAUUUUGAUAAAAUUUAUACGGUGCAAUUUUGUGGGCAAAAAGGUGCAAAUCCUUAAACCACCUGAAACUGGCACAAAAGAGAAACCUUUUUUCAAAGCAUUGGACUGAUGAUCAUCCAAAGUGUGUUUUCACAAAUUAACAACUCUCAAGGGUUGAAUGGAUUUAAUUCUCUCCGAAAUCUCUUAUUUCUCCCACCCCGGUGUUGCGGGAUGAGUACCUUGCUCUGUGUCUCAGGUACUUCUCCUGGGAGUCCAACUUUUAAAAAAAUUACCCCUUUCUUCAGAAUACCUCUGUGGUCAAUGGGUGGCCUGUAUGAGCUGGGGAUCUGCGGUUGAGGCUGUGUUUGCACUGUCUCACCUUCAUCAUGUGAAGAUUCGUAAUUCAACAUGAGAGUAUUGUAAGAUAGGUUUCUUCUUCAUUUUGUGACGUUUGUUUACCUAGAUGGACACCCACAAUGGAUUGAAGUAUCUCAGACUGUACCAUGAGAACACAGAUUGCACUCAUUGGAAAAGCUAUAUUUUACACCUGUAUUCUCUUGGUAUAGAAACCAAACAAAAUUGCAUCAAAAUUCAUAUUUAAUUUAUUUUUAGCACAUUAUAAUAGAGUUUUGAAAAUAAAUGUUUUUUAAUGGUUUGCCAUUGGCAACAAAGGCAACAGUUCUAUGUGCUGUUGUCCCUUUUAUUGUUUUACUUUGUCUUUGUGUUCUACUCAAACUAUGUGCGUGUCUGUGAUAAAUAUGAACAUGCACAACUUGUGUCAUAUAAUGUGCUAGUCAAGUAACUGGUUUAUGUGACUAUUUCAUAUGUAAAAUUUUGCAAAGCUUCCCUUACUGUAAUUCCACAGCUGCAAAAAUGAAUAAAGAUAAACUACAACUUAUCAGAAACAGAGUAGGGGGUUGUACUGUAUCUCCACAGGAAGAUCUACAUCUAUGACUAUCUAUAUAGUUCGUGGCAUUUAUUUAGUUGGUUUACACUCAUUAUUAACUAUAUUUGCUUACAGAUGUGUUUGUUACAGCUUAUGUUUUUUUUUUCAUUUAUUAGUACAUAUCCUUUCAUGUGUUUUCUUUUCUUUUCUUUUCAGUUUAAUAAUCUGUUUUUUGGCAUUUAGAUGUUGAUUGGAUACGUUAGCUCCUGUUUAGCUCAUUAUGUAUCACCUAAGAAAAAGGGGGUGCUUCAUGUGGCGAGGCUUUAUAUUAUUAUUAUUUUAUUAUUUAUAUAGUGUCAUCAGAUUCCAUAGCGCUGUACAAUGGAAUAAUGUCCUAUCCUGUUUCUGAUUGGUUGUUGUUUUUGUUUAUCUUUGCUGCUAUGGAGUUACUGUAAAGGAAAUUUAGCAAAAUAUUUGCCUCCUAUCAGUAUAAAAAUUAAGAGUAUCUCUUCCCUAAAGCAAGGGUAAUCUAUAAUUGUCAAGUAUUUGCCAGUAAUUUGCACAUUGUAGCCCAAAAUGAUAAGAGUAUAUACUUUCAGCUCAGCUAUUUUGGCCUUAAUAUUUGCAUUUCCCAGGUACAUUCCCAACAAAUCACAAUGUAGUGAAUAAACCCUAAAACAUGUGUUGUAGGUAGACAUUCCUACGACAAUCGGAGUGAUUGCGGACAGGAAAGAUGGUCGCACACCUAAUGGCGAUCAAAGCAAAUAUUAUAUAGAUGCCAGCACACUCAAUGAACCAAAAGAAAACGUGGAGGCCUACUCACCAUUCAAAGAUGGAAUGAGUAAGUACAAUUUUAUUCAUUCUAUAAUUUGAUCUCAAUAUUUUGUUACACAUUAAUUUUUUCAAUAUUGUAGGAACUGUUGGGAUCCUUGCAGACUUUGCAUAAGAAAAAAAUGGUUGUUUGCAUUUCUGUAUUUUAUUGUGUUACAAUCUAUAAUUACAUUAUAAGUUAUGAACGUUUGUAUAGAAUAAAGUAAUCAGUAAUGUUGAAAAGGCGACAAUUUUACAAAUUUUACAAAAUGAAUUGCAAAGGAACAAUACCUUCAAGGUGUCUUGCUAAGUCAGCCCUAAGUAAGAUCUGGGACAUACAAACAGCUGUUUUUAGACGCCAGUAAUUUGUUGAAUUUAGUUAACCUUUGCACAGUUAAAGUCUUACACGACCUCAUAUUAAACAUCCCCGAUUCACUUUGAGAAAUAUCUAGCCAAGAAGCAUCAUGAAAACCUAUAAGAUAGUUAAAAAACAGGGCAAAGAAGCACUACAUAGUGUUGGGUGGCACAACAUUUAUCAACACAUAAACAUGUCCUGGAAAGCUCAUUAUUUAGUCAUGGAAAUAAUCUUUACCUGGAGUAAUCUGUCUAGCAAAGCUCUGUAACUGGGUAAGAAGAAGGAUAUAAGAGAAGCCUUCAAGACCAUGAAAUGUUUGGUUACCUUGAAAGAAUUGGACACACAGUUGAGAUAAGGGAAACGCUCUUAUCUGGAGUGUUUGAUUUGCUUGUGGAGGUAAGAAAACCACUGUAAAGACCAAAUACCACCAAGUCAAAUUUAGUAAUUGUCAAAAGAUUAAUUAGUCUAGAAAGCCCCAAAUUGAAAAUUUCGUCCCAGUAAAAAAAAUAUUGUAUGGUGCUAAAUUUGUGUCUUCAGUUACUAAUCCCUGGAAAUCAUGAUUACUCUGGAUGUGUACCUCAAUUAAAAUGGACUUCUAACUCAAAUACCUGUGUUGCCAUUAUUAUAGUCUUAUUAAAAGCUUGCUGAAGUGCUAUAGGACCUAUUUAACCUCCCUUUUAUUUUUUUAUAAAAGUGUCGAGGAGAAAUCAGAACUAGUGAUGUCCCGAACGGUUCGCCGAACGGUUCGUCACGGAUGGUGAACAUAUGCACUGUUCGGUCCGCCCCCUAUGUCAUCAUUGAGUAAACUUUGACCCUGUACCUCACAGUCAGCAGACACAUUCCAGCCAAUCCCACCUGGACAGCAUCCAUUUUACAUUCAUUGUGAAGCUGCAUUCUUAGUGAGCUGUCCAGGAGGUGGGAGGGUCUGGGAGGGAGGGUCUGCUGCUGAUUGGCUGGAAUGUGUCUGCUGACUGUGAGGUACAGGGUCAAAGUUUACUCAAUGAUGACAUAGGGGGCCGACCGAACAGCGCAUAUGUUCACCGUCCGUGGCGAACCAUUUGGCGAACCGUUCGGGACAUCACUAAUCAGAACUUUUAUAAAGGUCCUUAGUUAUACCCUCCUGACUCUUAUACUUGGAGGGUUUCCUGCUGCACCCGUUUUGAAUGCCCAUUCAAAAUGAAAUACAGUGCUUUCACAGAUGGGGGAAUCCUGGCGAUCGCACCAUGUAUACCCUAGUUCUCCAUGUUUCUCAAUGAGAAGCAUUGGAUUGGAGUGGAGAUGAUUAUUUGUGAUGAUCUCAGCCAGAAAGGCUAUAUUGUGCUUCAUUCAGGAGAGGUUUCUGUAAUAGAAAUUAUUAAUGCCUUGAAUUUUUCAUUAAAAACCUGUGUAUAAACUAAUAAGAUAUUCCAUGUUUUAGUUGAAGACUGGGAUGGUUUUCAAGCGAUUCUUGAUUAUACAUACAAGAUGAUUAUCAAGUCUAAACCAAGAUUAUACCCAACAGUGAUGUCAGAAGUAGCAGUAAGUGUUUUUUUUUUGUUUUAUUUACUUGCUUUAUAUAAUAUAGCCUGGAGUAGGGUCUACCCACUUUCGAUUCUCUCCUGUGCCAUCUAGAGUUUAAAAGGGAGUGGGCAAACCCAGCAUUAUCUCUCCUACAUAUAAGGAGUAAUGUAAAAGAGAAGAGGGGCUGCAGUUUGGAGUGGUCAUGAAUAUAUAAAUAAUUGCUUAUUUUAAAAGCAUUCUAAUUGUAUCCCUAUUACGUUUACCUACUGUGUAAAACUGUUUGUCCCUUUUUCUAGAAGAAAAUAAUAUUUUACUUUGAUCAAUAUUAAUAUGCUUUACAUUUUAUUUAGUUUUCAUUUAAGGGUUCAUUUCAGUAAAAUCUUAAUCUUAUAACCAAGCAGAGACUGCAAAAUGUAACUGACAUCCCCCAUGUAGUAACGUUUCAGGGAGUGCCUGACUAAAUGUGUUUAACUACUCACCUUUAAGAAGUAUGGUGCAUUAAUGGGGCACUAUUUGCACGUCCAUCGCUAGAUGUAAUAUGUAAGUAAAGUUACAGUUAGCUAUGCGGUAUUUCUUUCUCACGUUUUAUUCCCAAAAUUCCGCAUCCAUGAACCUGCAACAUUUGCCCCCUGUUUGUUUAUGUUCCCCACCAUCCCCUACCUACUGCCACUCACAAAAUAUUGAUUUAUUAACUCCUAAUUAGUCACAUUACUAACUGAAUUUUGUUAGGUAUUUUCUCACACUUUAGUAUGAAGCUUGAAUUACUUGAAACAAGAUACUGAGCCUAGUUUUCAUUAACAUUUUUCCUUAAAUCUUCAGUCGAUAACUCCUAGACCCCUUAGUAACGCAGUGACUGUUACAUGAUUAUAAGGAAACAAAUAUGAAUUUUAGUUUAACCUUUUCCUUUUUAGUGGAAUGCUCAAGACAAACGUGAAAAGCUAAUGGAGCUGAUGUUUGAGCAUUAUGAAGUUCCUGCAUUCUACCUUGGUAAAGGUCCAUCUUUCGUAGCGUAUCCUUUUUGGUGUUUUUGUGUAAUCCAUAACAACUAGUCUUUUUUUUUUUUUCAAUUUGACAAUUUUUAUUAAGUUUCUGGGGUACAGAAAGGAAAGGUGGGUUUCAGGGGGUGAUUGUCAAUCAAGUAAUCGAUGCAUUGUUUGUCAAGAAAACAUCACGUCAACAUGGUAACCUAAAAAUAACAUAAAGAUAAUGCAGAUACUAUAGAGAUACACUCCCAGUAUCUGGUUAGUUCUUCUGGGUCUGUUUUGGGUUUAUCUACCAUCUGUUCCGUUCUAUCAAGAAACUAAACAUUUUCUCUUCUUCAACCAGUCGUGGCUGAGGUUUAACGUCCUUGGUUGACAACUGGGCAGGGUACAGAAAAGAAAAAAGGAUGGGGGGUGGGUAGGAAGGCGAUGCAUAUAGCAGUAAUCUCGUCAAUGAUUCUAUCAAUGCUUUGUUGGCUCAUGUGUGUUUCUGUUGGUACACUUCUUGGCUGCGUACUUUAGUAUCUUAUGUUAUCUUAGGGGAGGGGAGAGCUCCCCUCCGCUCCUGGUCUUUCCUUGUUAGUAGCUUUACGUGUAUAAUUAUCCCAUAUGGAUUUGGCUUUGAUGGUGUUGGGGUUAGGGGCUAUGUAGGAGUGCGCCAUUUGCUCGUAGUCCCAGUUAAGGGUUACUUGUUCCCUUAAGGCUUUUGUGCUCGGGACUUUACCUGUUUUCCAGGCUCUCGCAAGCAAUGUGUUCGCUGCUAUUAAGAUCUGGAAAGUAAGUUUGGUCAGUGGUUUAGGUAUAUCUCUCAGUAAUAUGAACAAGAUACAGUGGUCGGGGGUACAACACUGCUCUGUUUGCGUAACAUUUGAUACCUCCUUUGUGACCAUUUUCCAGAAGUCCUGGAGGCUCGGACAAGACCACCAGACAUGUAACAUUGUACCCACUCCCUCCCCGCAUCUCCAAUAUUUAUUGGAUACAUUUGGAUAUAUGCGGGCAAGUCUAUCGGGUACGUAGUACCAUCUGUACAUAAGUUUUCUCAUCAGCUCAAAGUGCGUUGUGCAUGUUGUGUUACCUCUAUGUGCCAUAUGUGCUUUAUCCCAUUGGUCGCCCGGGAUUGUGUAUCCCAGCUCCUUGUGCCAUGCUUCCCUGUAUGACCUGGUCUCUAGUGGGUGCGCCUCUUUCAACGCUGUGUAAGUACUUUCCUCGGAGGGGUAAGGGCUUUGCAUAGCUUUUCAAAUUGUGUCAGCUGUGUGGAUCCCGUGUCAGCCUUACAGUUUUCUAAUAUGUACGACUUUAGUUGGAGGCAUGGGAACAGUAGUUUACUUUGCAAGUUGUCUCUUUAAUUUUGUAAUAGGUUUCAGUUUUGCAGGAAACCCCCUCCCCCCAUUGGUAGGUGUUUAGAGACGCUUACUGGAGAGCCUAUAGGCAUGUAAAAAAAAUGAGACAGGCUUCAAAUCUGCCCUUUUACAGCAGGUUUUGCACAUUGCCUAGUGUUCUUUAAGAAGAAAAUUCAGGAAUUUCCAGAAUUUCCAGAAGUUGCAAUAUGGGCAGCAGAAGCAACUGCCCAGAGACAUGCUUUUUGACUUUCUAUUCAAGGGCCUUCAUGGGUUGAUAUCACUGCAGGUUGGGUUACAGGAGAGUGAAGUCAUCUUGGAAGUAACACAGUGAGAGAACAGCACCAGCUCCUGACCCCUGCCAAAUGUAUUAUUUGAAUUUUAUCUUUUUCUCUCCCCCAAUAGUCCCAAUGACUACCUGAGGGCUUCUUAAGCAAGGAAAUGCAUUCAAAUAUAUAAUAAAUAUAUAUAAAGUAAUGGGAAGCACAGGGUUGACAAGAGGAGAGAGACAUUUCUAGCACAGAGCACCGUGCUGCCUAUUACUAAUAGUUUUAAUAACUACUACCGCACAUACCCACCAUCUUCUUUAACCCCUUAAGACCGGAGGGCGUACUAUUACGCCCUAUUAUAGGCGGCUCUAAACGCCGCCGGGCGUAAUAGUACGCCCUCCGGUCUUUCUGUACUUACCCGGUCGCCGGCGAUCCCACACCGGCGAUUGUUGGCGGGACUCCCAGGGAGCCCCCCGCAGCAGAUCUUCCUCCUGCAGCCCCCCCCCGACCUCACAAUCACAUGGCCGGGAUAGCUGGCUGCAGCAUUGCCAGCAGGGGGGCUGCCUGUAAUUACAGGUGGUCCCCCUGCUGGCUGGAAAUAAAAUCAAAUAAAUUAAAUAGUGUAAAAAAAAAUAAUAAUAUAUACUUAGAUAUAUAUAUGAUCUAAGUAUAUUUACACACAUAUACUUACACACACAUACACUGUCUAGGUGUAUUUUACUAUUAAUAUAUAUAUAAUUAUAUAUAUAUAUAUAUUAAUAUCAAAUUACACGUAGACUGAUACUGAUUAAAUAUAUAUAUAUAUAUAUAUAAUUAUUGUUACAUAUAUAUUUAUAUAUAAUAUAAAAAAAUUAAAUAUGUAAAUACGUUAAAAAAUAAAAUUUAAAAAAUAAUUAAAAAAAUAAUUAAAAAAUAUAUAGAUGUGUGUUAUUUCGUUCUAACUGUAUUGUGAUAUUAAUAUAUAUAUAUAUUUAUAUCAAAAUACAUGUAGAAUGAAAUAAUAUAUAUAUCUAUAUACAUAAAUAUAUACAUAUAUAUCACUAUAUAUAUACCUAUAUAUAAAUAAAAAUAUUAAAAAAAAAAUAUAUAUAUAUAUAUCUAUAUACACAUAUAUAUUCACAUACGUAUAUAUAUAUACAUAUAUUAAUUCUACAUAUAAAUUUAUGUAAUAUUUUUACAUAAUUGGGUAUCUUAAUUAAUUACAAUUAGCGGGACCUGCCUGACAACCCAUGCCGAAAGUAAAGGGAAUUUAAUCUGCUAGCACUAUAUUUAACCCUAUAACUUUCCAAGACACCAUAAAACCUGUACAUGGGGGGUACUGUUCUACUCGGGGGACUUCGCUGAACACAAAUAUUAGUGUUUCAAAACAGUAAAAUGUAUUACAACGAUGAUAUCGCCAGUAAAAGUGACGUUUUUUGCAUUUUUCAUGCACAAACAGCACUUACACGGACGAUAUUAUUGCUGUGAUACUUUUUACUGUUUUGAAACACAAAUAUUUGUGUUCAGCGAAGUCUCCCGAGUACAACAGUACCCCUCAUGUACAGGUUUUAUGGUGUUUUCAAAAGUUACAGCGUCAAAUAUAAGGCUUGUGUUUCAUUUUUUUCACAUUCAAAUUUGCCAGAUUGUGUACGUUGCCUUUGAGACCCUAUGGUAGCCCAAGAAUGAAAAUUACCCCUAUGAUGGCAUACCAUUUGCAAUAGUAGACAACCCAAAGUAUUGCAAACGGGGUAUGUCCAGUCUUUUUUAGUAGCCACUUAGUCACAAACACUGGCCAAAAUUGGCGUUUUUUGCAUUUUUCACACACAAACAAAUACUAACGCUAACUUUGGCCAGUGUUUGUGACCAAAUGGCUACUAAAAAAGACUGGACAUACCCCAUUUGCAAUACCUUGGGUUGUCUACUAUUGCAAAUGGUAUGCCAUUAUGGGUGUAAAUUUCAUUCCUGGGCUACUAUAAAGUCCCAAAGGCAACGUAACCAAUCUGGCGAAUUUCAAUUUCAAAUGCAACGUGCUAUAUUUGACCCUGUAACUUCCCAAAAUGCCAUAAAACCUGUACAUAGGGGGUACUGUUUUACACGUGAGACAUCGCUCAAUACAAAUAUGUGUAUUUUAUUGCAGUAAAAGCAAACAGUAUUAUGACAUUGACCGUUAAAAUGUCAUGUAGAACUAACAAAAUAAAAAAAAAAUCUUAUUUUCUCCCAUUUUUUCAUAUUAAAUUAUGUUUCAUAGCUAAAUAUUUGAUAUUAAAUGAAAGCCAUGUUUACCCUGAAUAAAAUGAUAUAUAAUAAGGGUGGGUGUAUUUACUAUGAAAGAGGUGAAUUAGACAUGUAGCGCAAAUGCCAGGUUUUGUUUACAUUUUGUUUCGUUCACAACGUGUACAUUUGGCUCCGUCCUUAAGGGGUUAAAGGUGGGUUAAAGCUGAGACCAGAGACACUCAUGCUGUGGCUGGUUGAAAAGUUGUGAAGCUUCAAAUUAUAUUGCCAACUGCAAAGGUAAUACUGUGUUGGGAUCUCCGUACUGCAGUUCUGUGUAAUCCACCACAGUGAUCCUAGCUGUGUGGUUUAGUUAUAUUAUCUCCUUAUUGUGCCCAGCUCUAUAUCUCUGUAUUUUACUCAGCUCUACCUGUUGUAUGAGUAUAUCUGUAGUCUACCCAGCUCUGUGAAUUGGAUAACUAUCUUUGUGUGCCCAGCUCUGUGUAUUAUAUCUCUGUGUAUUAUAUCUCAGCUCUGUUUGUGGUAAGGGUUACUUUAUAGACGUCUUUAUGCUGUGCCCAGCUUGUUUUAAUGUAUGAAUAUAUCUGUAGUAUGCUCAGCUCUUUGUAUUUUAAGAGUAUUUCUGUACUGUAUAGGGAGGAGUAAAAUUAUGUGGGAGGAGUCUAAAUCCCCACUGUUAUGAAUGCUGGUAUAGUAGAUACCCUGUUCGCCAAUUCCCUCCCGAACUGCUUAGCCUGAGUGAUUAUAGUUUGGAGUUCGGGUGUAGAUUCAAAUGGUUCCAGACGAAUGCAGCAUCCAAGUAGUGUUCUCCCCAGCAAGUAGACAGUUACCCAAACAUCAGCCUAGACUAGAUGAAGGGUACAACAGGAAUAAAGUUUUAUGGUGCCACACUGGCUUUUAUCCAAGUCCCCAUGCAAGAGGCACUCGCACAUGGACCUUGUUGGGGACUUCGACACAAAGUUUACAACCAAUAAAAAUACAGUUACAAAGUGUGACACACCCAAUACAAACAGAUAAUCCCUCCUGUCUGCCUGUGAGAUAAUUGAGUCAGAUACUGUAAUAACUCAAUUAUCUCCAGGCAGAAAAAACAAAUCUUUCAUAAAUCUUGAAAGGUACCCCAAAACACAUAACCCUAUAAAUGUUAUAUCCCCUGAUAGCCCUGAUCUGGGUGACCAACAUAUCCAAAAAUCACCCAGAUCAGUUCAGAGGUUUGGGAAUUUUAUGGAAGUCUAGUUUUGACUGACCGCACACGAGGCUCCUGCCCAGAAAUAGUUCCAUGAGUUUAGGUUGUGCGGUCGGUCUAUUUCGGAAAGUCUCAAAAAUGAAUAAAUGCAUGAAUGGUAUCCCCUGGCUCAUAGCAGUGAUUGUUCCUCUAGUUCGUGGGAAUCAAACUACCGAACAGUGCUCUCCUUCGUAUAAUUUGACCAGUGUUCGUGAAGUCUAGUGUCCGAUUUUAGUUCCAGACACUCGACGACCAAGUCCCACUGCCUCCUUUCGUGCAAACAAGAUGGCCGCUAUUUUCUCCUGCACAUGGCAUUCGACUAUAUGAACGGCGGUCACACAGGGAGAGCACUUAAUUGACUGUUCUCUUUGAAGAUAAUGAGCCAGGGCGGUGGUCGGUGUUCGGUAGUUACAGCUACCGAACCAAUUAGAAAUAAAAAGUCCCGAAUAACAUGGUAGUUUCAUUACACCCACCAUCUUAAAACGUAACCAGCCGCCACUGACCUAUUGGCGCUCGCCUCCCCUGUGAAUUAGAUUUCUCAAUUGACAUGAUGUAAGUGGGGGAGGAGACCAACAUAUAACCUAGGACAUCGGAACUAAAAUCAGGUAAGUGAAAAAAAAAGUUAAAAGGAGUCAACAGUAUAGUGUUCCUUUAAUGAUUUUGCAGGUAUUACUGUCUACUACACACAUCGUCUAUGCAGUUAUAUAACAGAUUAUAAAUACUAUAUUUUGCCCCUUAAUUCUCUGGAUUAGAUUUGCUAAUGGUCGCACCACAGGGCUUGUAUUGGACAGCGGUUCUAAAUAUACAGCAGCUGUUCCUGUUCGGGAUGGAUAUGUUCUCCAGAAAGGUAAAACAAGCAUUGUAUCAAUAACCUUCUAAAAGUAUGUGCCAUAAAUCCUUCUCCCGAGAUACACACAGGCUGGUCAAUUUGUCAGUGCUUCUCAUUGAAAAUUAAACAUUUUGGGGGGUAUAGCAGAGGAAAACACAAGUACAAUGCAUUUUCUUUUGGUGGUGGGGAGGAAGGUCGCAACAGCAUUAAAAAAAAAUGUGUGGACUUGAGCCUUUUUUUCAAAAUAGAUUACUACGAUACUAGGAACUAGCAUUCAAAGAAUACUUUACAAAAUUCCUCACAAUAGGGAAUGCAUUGUUCGACUUUGCAAUAUUUGGUCCUCCUGUGUCAUCCACUAUCAAGUCCAGAAACUGAUAUAUUAAUGGGUUGUAUCUUGGUAGACUAGGCAGCCAUUACUUUACACAUCUGUCUGUCUCUCUGUCUCUCUGUCUCUCUGUCUCUCUGUCUGUCUGUCUGUCUCUCUGUAUCUCUGUUUCUCUGUCUGUCUCUCUGUCUGUCUGUGUACUUUUAAAAUGAAGGGAUAGGAUGAAUCUUGCUAAUACUGCAGGUCCUGACUACCCUUGUGAUGCUGGAACAUAUUAUUAUCAUUUACAUACAAAUUAUUUCCAUGCACAUUUCUUCUUCUUGUGCAGGGAUUGUGAAAUCACCCCUGGCAGGCGACUUUAUUACACAACAAUGCAGACAUUAUUUUAAAGAAAGGAACAUAGAUAUAAUACCACCUUACAUGAUUGCGUCACAGGUACGUUAAUUGAAUGAAAAUCAUGUUUUUCUAUUUAAUUGAGAUGUUAGUGUACCAUAUAAGCAGUGAAAAAACAUACAAAAUGACAUGCUGUAAUAAUAUUGUUUUUUGCAUAUUUAGGAGUCAGUGAGAGAAGGGGAACCCGCUAUUUGGGAGCAAAUAGCGCCACUUCCCCAGGUGACACAAUCCUGGCAUAAUUAUAUGUGUGAUGUAAGUAAAACAUUGUUACAAUGCUAGAGAUUUACACUUUGGAACUAGUUCUCCAGUGAUGCAUUAUUCAUGGGUUCUUUCCCAUCUAUUACAGGGUGUAAUACAGGAUUUUAAGGCCUCUGUUCUCCAGAUUUCAAAAACCAAAUUUCAUGAAAAGUAAGUUUGUUGUGUUCCUUUACAUAAUCAUCCAGUGCCUUUCCCUAUAUUGAGCCUCUAUUCAUCCGUGUAUUAGCCUCAGCUGGUCGUACACUGCAGCUUCCAUGAAACUUUACAUGUGAGAAAUUGAUAGAAUGCAAUUAUGGGAAACCCUAUGUAUAAAGGACUGUGCCCAGAGAAAUAUCAGCUGUUCUCCAGUAAGUUAUAAGAGUCUGGAAUGGCAGGAAUCCUUUCAGGUUACUUAUGUGUAUGCAUUUUGUUUGCACAUUACCAUCUCAAACAGCUGUCUCUGAUGACUCUAAUGCAAACUACUCUUACUGAAUCUCUUUAGGGUAGCAGCUAAGGAACCAGAUGUUCAUUAUCAGUUUCCCAAUGGCUACAACUGUAAGUUUGGAACAGAGUGCCUUCAAAUCCCCGAAGGACUGUUUGAUCCCUCUAAUGUAAAAGUAAGUUAAAUUUAGACAUCUGUGAUCAAAUGUGCCCUUCUUGGGAUACAGUAAUGCAGAAAUGGUUCUAACUAGCUAAAGUAAUACAGUAGGUAUUGUUAAAGUGGUUGGUGUGUAAAUUAAAGGGACACUGCAGGCACCCAGACAACUUCAGCUCAUUGAAGUGGUCUGGGUGCUGUGUCCCUUUUGAACCUAGUGCUGAAUUGUAAAACAUUGCAGUUCCAGAGAACAUUGCAGCACAAAGUCUGCCCUAGACAGCCACUGGGGGCGCUUCCAGAAUUGUAACAGACUUUUGGUCCGUUAUCUGCGGCUGGACGUCCUCAUGCUCUGCAUGAGGACCUGCAGUGUCAGAUCAUUUGCAGCGCAUGCGCAUUAGACCCCACUUGUCGUGGGAUGGAGCAGAGGGCGGAGCUACAACCCAGUGCCGAGGGACAUCAGCGCUGGGAUAAGGUAAGUAAAUAAAGGGUUUUUAACUCUUUAUUUACCAGGGAGGGGGUGCGAGGGAGGGGUCGGCAGAGGGAUCGGUAGUGCCAGGAAUACAGCUUUGUAUUCCUGGCACUACAGUAUCCCUCUAAAGUCCUCUUUAGGAAGGCUUAAAGUGUGUACAUAUUUAAAUUCACAACUACAAAAAGUGCAAGUUUUAAUUGUAGCAAUAUAGACAUUAUGUAGCUGAAAAUAGUAGGUGUAAUAAUGUUUCUCUUUAUCAAGACAAAAGCAGAUGCUAUUUUGGAACAAAAUGCAAAAAAAAAAAGCAGUCACCAUGGAAACCAACAGAAUGUUUGACAAUUUUUAGCACUUUGCACCCAAACUAGCACCUGUUUAGCCUUGAUAAAUCGCCUCCAUAGACUCCUACGAGAAACUUUCUUUUUCUAAUUAAUUUGUACUGCAUCCAGCACCUGUGUAAAAGUUCAUUACAUUUUACAGCGUUAUAUAACAUAUUUGACUAAAUUCAUAUUUAUUAUGUACAGAUUUAGUUUCCCUUUACUCUUAGUAACUUUCAUAUGGAAAUCCAUACGUUGUUUGCGGCAGAAUAUGUUGACUCUUUAUAAAGAAAAAUAUAAAAUAACAGCAAACCGAGGUGGAAAGCAGAAGUUUGCCCUGUUAAUGUACUACAUAAAUGUAUAGAUGGAUAAGCCUGGAGAAGAUAUAUGAGAGAAUAACAGAGUAAAAACUAAAAUGUUAUCCUCAUGGGAAAUGUUUUUCAUAUCUUUAUUGGUUUGCCCACAUACCUGCAGUCAGUUUAAUCUCCCCUUACAUUAUAUUUUCACUUACAGAUUUAUUCACUAAAGUGAGAAUUGACUGGAAAUUCAAAUUCGGAAUUUAAAGGUUCACUCCAGACCCCUUAAACAACUUUAGCGUGCUGAAAAUCUUUAUGUGUGAAGAAUGUGUCCUCUUUUUUCCAUUUUGCUAAAAGUGCAGAUUUCAGUAGAAAUUUACACUUUUUCAAAUUAAUCUGGUUACACCCCCUUGGCUUUCAAGCAGACAAGCUGUUACUUCCUGGUUUCACUAGGUCAAUGCAGUUGACCUAAAGCGGCAGCUUUUUCCCAGAGCUCCUGACUUACAAAGACUUAUCAUUGAGCUGCAUUGGAAAGUCAGUGAUUGGACAGCCACAGAAAGUCUGGCUAGGGUUAGAAGGUUAACACUAGAUCUAGUAUGGCCUCUUUACGAGUUGGCUCCUCAACAACUUGCUUUAGAGACAACUCCAGUAGGGAGUUUAGAAUAUGUGUUAACCUGGCACAAGUAGCUAAUUUUGUUCUCCAAUUUACAUCAGGAAGAUUAAAGUCACCCAUGAUGAUAACUUCCCCCUUCAUUGUCAUUUUAGCUAUUUCCUCAACUAGUAGAUUAUCUAACUCUUCAAUUUGUCCUGGGGGCCUAUAAAUCACACCUACACGAGUUACUGUGUGAUUACCAAAUUCUAACGUAGCCCAAACAGACUCUAUGUUUGCCUCACUAACUUUUAUUAGGCUAGAUUUUAUGCUAUCCUUCACAUACAAGGCCACCCUCCCCCUUUCUUGCCUUCCCUAUCUUUCCUAUAUAAAGAGUACCCUGGUAUUGCUAUGUCCCAGUCAUUUUUCUCAUUGUACCAUGUCUCAGUAACAGCGACUAAAUCUACACUAUCAGUUGCCAUUAUUGCCACAAGUUCAUGGAUCUUAUUCCCUAAACUGCGAGCAUUUGUAGACAUGACUCUAAGCUUAUCAUUUUUUAACACACUUGCUACAGGCACCUUCUGUCCUUGUUUUGGGGGACAAUUGGAUUGAUGUUUUAUCACCCUUUUGCCCCCCUCCUAGUUUAAAUACAUCCUAGCAAAACCUCUGAACUGCUCACUGAGAACAUUUGUUCCCUUUUGAGAAAGAUGCAAACCAUCUUUUUGUACAGCUUAUCUCCAUUCCAAACAGAGCUACCAUGAGAAAUAAAGCCAAAUCCUUGCUCCCGACACCAUUCACCAAGCCACAAAUUAAAGUCCCUAAUACGCAUCCGCCUGUCGUUCUGAGUGUUAUGCACAGGCAGAACUUCAGAGAAUGACAGUGUGGAAGCAACCUGCCGUAUAUCAUUGGCAAAAACACUAAAAACUUCCUUAACCUCUGAAACCUCAUUGCAAGCCAAGUCAUUUGUCCCUAGAUGGACAAGUACAUCCAAUUCCCCUUCCUGCUUUGCUUGCUUAACAAUAUUACAGAUACGUCUCCUGUCUCUGUGAGCAGUAGCUCCGGGAAGACACCUCACAAGACCACCAUUGUCCAUCUCCACACCUCUUAUAAUGGAAUCACCCAACAACAACUGCUUUCUAUUAGGCUUCACCAUACUCUCCAAGCCGGUCUCCACAACACCACUAGUCUCAGUGCCUCUCUCCACAACACCACUAGCCUCAGUGCCUCUCUCCACAACACCACUAGCCUCAGUGCCUCUCUCUACAACACCACUAGCCUCAGUGCCUCUCUCUACAACACCACUAGCCUCAGUGCCUCUCUCUUGCAAAAGCAGCAGACAAGAGAACUGCAGGUUUUGCAAGCUGAUUUUCGAUUUACCCGCAAUUAAAAAAUAAGCAAUUAAAUGCAUGCAAGUUCUCAUUCGUGGUAUAUCUACUAAACAGUGAUUUUUAAAUUUAUUUUGUAUUUGGGCAGUGGAGUGCCCCUUUAAGGCCCAAAUAGCUGAAAUUGAAAUUCCAUAGUUAGCAUAGUGUUCAGCUACCUUGGUUUAUAUUUGAAAUCCUUUAUGAAUCCCAGAAAUUCUCACUUUAUUGAAAUACCCUACCUGUAGUUAAACAAUGUACCCAAACAUCGUUAUUGGAAGCUUUUAAGAUGCUUGGGUGUUGGAAACUGUAAAAUUGUGAAAAGUUCCUAUUAGGAUUAAAAAUAAAAAUUCACCCAUAAGUCAUUCUCUAGCCAUAGGGUUAAAGUGAGGUACUAACAAUUUUACCCAAAGUCUACAUUUAAAAAAGUGCAUACAUCUUUCAGAUGUAAAUCGUUAGGAUAGAGCCAAACUUACUACUGAAUCUCUAACGUGAAAAUUGAGGGGCACCCUUGCUGUUACAGAACAGUUAUCUGUGUGUCUGUUAUUUCACAAACCAUAGUUUAAACAAGCCAGCUUAACACACAUAAUGUGUUUCAUGCUACUUAGCACUCAGUCAUUCUGAGUAAACACUUCGGAUCCCUAAAGCACUUUUGUUUGCUGAAACACAUCAUGUGGGAAGAGUGUGUCCUCUUUUUUCUAUUUUACAAAAAAAUGCAAAUUCCAAUAGAAAAUUACACCUAUUUACACCUCUGGCUGACAGUCAGACAACUGUCAUGUUGCUUCCUAGUUUAUUUAGCUUAAUGGAGCUAAACUGAACAGGCAGGCUAUUGCCCAGAGCACCUGCCUUGCAAAGGCUGCUCAUUGAGCUGCAUUGAGAAGCCUGUGAUUGGACAGCCACAGAAAAUAUGGUCGGUGUUAGAAGGGGAGGGCCUGGGAAUGAUAAAUACAAGAGAUCUGUAGCUUUUGCAGGCAGUUUUUAUAGAUAUGCCCCAAUGAAAAAAAAUCCAUAACUAAAUGCAUGCAUAAUUUCAUUUGAGAUGUAUCUACUAAACAGCAAUUUAAUUUUAUUUUUUUUAGUAUGUGGGCAGUAGAGUACAAAACAUGUUAAAUGUGUUAAGCUGCACAGAAUGAGAUUAAUGUGAAUCCAAAAUGAAAUUUGUGUUGCAAUAUUAAUGUAAUCUUUCUGUUUUAGGGCCUGUCUGAUAAUAACAUGCUCAGUCUCACCGAUGUUGUGAUACAAAGUAUUGAACUGUGCGAUGCCGGUAUUAAAAAGGUAAGGUAUUGGCAAGUAGAGUCUAUUUUAUGUUCUAAUUGUGCACCUUUUGAUCAACUUUUAGAAUUCUAGUUGCUUCGAACAAAACCAUUUAACAUAUUAAGCAUAUGAUUCAUAUGAUUCUCAUCUAAUGCCUCUCAGGAGGCUAUACCCGAAAAUAGUUACUGAGGAAAAUGGCACAUUUUAGAGUCAAAUGAAUUAAGAGAAAAAAUCUAACAGCUAUUUAUUAGGGAUGUGCAAAAAAUUCGGUUCGGUUCAGAAAUUCGGGUAAGUAAAAAGAUUUGUCUGCUUCAGGAAUUCAGACCAAUGGCAUUCGGUUCGGCAUUUCCGAACUACCAAACUUCGGCAAUUCGGAACUUCGUAAGCAUCCAAAUGUCCGAAUUAAUGAAACAAAUUGCACAUGUCUAGUAAGUGGUUGUGGUGGCAGUCAUAUAAAAUGUAAGUUACUUGGCCAGUCAAUAUAAUGACAGGAAUGAAUAAGUAGAUAACUCCUUAAUUCCCACGGUAUUAGGGUGUUAUCUACUAAAAGGCUGAAAGACCUAAAUUGGUCUUUCAGCCAAAUUUACUAAUACUAAGUAAAGAUUACUUAGUAUUAGUAAAUCAUGCCACUACUCGCUAUACUGCGAGUAGGGGCAAUGUCUAUUAAACAGUGAGCAGCCUAUGGCCGUGCCGCGCGAAUGGAGGCUUCUAACCUGAAGGGGGGACCUAAUGUCCUCCCCCUUGGCCCCCACCCCUGAGCAGUGGGUGGGGGACCUAAUGUCCUCCCACCUGGCCCCCACCCCUGAGCGGUGGGUGGGGGUCCAAAAUUAGAAUAAGGGAGGGACCUAAUGUCCUUCCCUCUGGCCCCCACCCCUGAGUGGUGGGUGGGGGCCCUAAAGUAGAAUAAAGGGGGGACCUAAUGUCCUCCCCCUGGCCCCCACCCCUGAGCAGCGGAUGUGGGCCCUAAAUAAAAAUGUUACCCCCCCAGGUGACUAGGGGUCCCCAAACCCCUAGUCACCCACCUCCCCCCAAAAAAAACAACCCCUACCUACCCCCUCACCCUAAAAAUAAUGAGGGGGGGCAUUAACUAAGUACCUGUAAAAAAAUAACUUACCAUUUGAUGUUUUCUUUCUUCUAAAAUCUUCUUUUUUCAGCCCCAAAAAAGGCCUAAUAAAAAAUCCAUAAUAACCGACGCACUUAAAGGAAAAAAAAAAAAAAGCGAGCGCAAAAAAAACAUUAGGUCCCCCCUUAUUAGUAUUUAGGGCCCCCACCCACCGCUCAGGGGUGGGGGCCAGGGGGAGGACAAUAGGUCCCCCCCAUCAUUUUAUUUUAGGGCUCAGGAGGGGCACAUUUUUUUUUUUUUUAACAGUGAGCACUAGACAGUGUUUACUAGACAUGCCCCUACUCGUGGUAUAUCGAGUAGGGGCAAAAUUUACUAAUACUAAGUAAUUUUUACUUAGUAUGAGUAAAUUUGGCUGAAAGACCAAUUUAGGUCUUUCAGCCUUUUGGUAGAUAACUCCCUAAUACCGUGAGAAUUAGGGAGUUAUCUACUAAUCGGCUUCAAGAGAAGUCCCGAAGUGCCGAAUGGCCGAAAUUCCGGAAUGCCGAAGUUCCGAAAUUCUGAAGUGCCGAAGUGCUGAAGUUGCCGAAGUUCCGAAUUACAGAAGUCCCGAAUUUUGGAAUGCCGAACCAAACAGAAAAUUUUCCCCAUGCACAUGCCUACUGUAUACCCCACUUAUAGGGUUUGCUUUUUAGUUCUUCUCUCAUCAGUCAGCCAGAAGGGCAACCGGGCAAGUGCUGAGAGGGAGAAUCUGGUCUGUACUUCCAGGCCAAUUCAUCUACUCCUUCUGCUGUAUUAGAGCAACGCUCUGACACAUUUCUCAGGAAUGGCGGGAAGGAGCUGUCUGCACCCAGUCUGGGUGCCCAUGCUGUAUUUCCCACCAGAUUACCAGGUAUCGGGAUGGUCUUCUUUGUUUAAUUGUUGUUUUUUUAAACUUUUCCCUCAGCAACUUAUCUACCUCACUACAUCCCUCAAUCCCCUUCCCCUACUGCCCCUAAACCACCACUUAUUUCUCUAAAUCCUCACUAAUGCUCCUAUCUCCCCUCACUUCAGCUUCUAUUUCCCAAGCAUAGGCUUGUGCAGCUUAUUUAAUUAGGUUGUGCACUAGAUGCAUCACUGGCAAUGUCUAGAAUGGGUAGGUCCAUCCAGAAAGGAGGAGGGCUUGUCGACAGAAGGGGCGUGCCAGCCUGGCAUGUAUACACACCAGUCUGACUGAUAGCCUCUUGGCUGGCCAAACAGACACCAUAUCAUGCAGAGAGUGCUGCUAAAGUGGGAGGAUAAGGUAAGAGAGGGAGGCAUAAGAGGGAGAGUAUGAGAAUAGAGGAAAUGGUGACAGGGUGGGUUCUAUUGAAAAGAUUUUAGCACUGUGCAGUGACGUAACAAAUUACUCCUGUUGCAUUAGGGUGUGCCUGGGCACACUUGACACACCCCAUGUGCACACCUAUUUUCGGAGCCCUGUGUUCAAUCUCAAGACUCCAAACAAAUGGCCCUCAUUAAUGGAAAUUUACCACCUGGUUUUCUUAGCAGGUCCUUUGGGGAUGACCUUCAAUUCCACCUUUUAAAUGCAUUAUUUUACUUUUUUUAUUAUUACCCUUUGCUUUGUUUUCAUUUUGUAUUUUUUUGUUUUCUUACCUUUAGUAAUGGCUGUGGUGAUUUUAAACACCAAUCGUAUCAAUCUGCUAAGUUUAAAACAAUAAAAUGUUUCAAGAAAAAAACAGGGUUGUAACUUGUUGAGAAUUCAAAGUGGGUUCUAAUUUUAAAGCCACAAUACAGGUUAACACACAGCUAAACUGGAAUCAUUUAUUUUUUUACAAUUUGGCCAUUUUUGCCAAAGAUUUAAAGGGACACUAAAUGCACACAGACCACUUCCGCUCAUUCAAGUGGUCUGGGUAUCACGAACGCACCCUACUUCAGGAGUGUGCGUGACAUAGUUGUGGUGGUGAAAGGGUUAAAGUUCACUAUUUGUAGGCACUAGACAGGAAAUAAUGAUAAAAUGCCCCUUAACACAACCCACACUUAAGCAUAAUAAUAUAAAUAUUUUAACGCGGGAGGGAGGGAGGAGAUACUAAAUGUUUGGAUGCAUUUUAGGCAGCCAUGACCCAGGAAGGAUCUCUAACAGCCAUCUGAGGAGUGGCCAGUGAAGUUAUCACAGGGCUGUAAUGUAAACACUGCAUUUUCUCUUAAAAGACAGUGUUUACAGCAAAAAGCUUGAAGGUAAUGAUUCUACUCACCAGAACAAAUUCAAUAAGCUGUAGUUGUUCUGGUGACUAUAGUGUCCCUUUAAUAGAAAUCAGAUUAUCAUUGUCUUUCACUGUCCAUUCUGCUAUAACCAUGGUAACUGUGGCAGAUUGGCUAAGCAUGAGCGGUAUUAUGGCAAAAAAGUAUGCAUUUGAAUAAACUCAGGUAUACCUUUUUUUACAUUUUUUUUUUUUUUAGGCAUUAUAUAGCAGCGUGCUGGUGACUGGCGGUAAUUCAUUAAUAGAAGGAUAUACAGAAAGACUAAGAAAAGACCUGUUUUCGAAAGUGGCUCAGGUACCUUUUAAUUAUUGUUUAUUUCUAAGAGUAAUAAUCAAGGUGAGUGUGUAUAAAGGGGUGCAUGCAUCCAUGAUGCACUUGAAGAAAAAUGAUGAUGACAAUAAAAGAACACUUGAGAAGAUAAAAAGCGAGGUGGAAUUACAACUUUGGCAGUAGAGGACUUAAGCGCAGCAUGUGCAGCGUUUCAAAGUUUAAUACUGCACGUACAGACUUCAGGUACCAUGACAACCUCUAAUCACUGAAGUGGUCUUGGUGCCUGAAGUAACCAUUUAAUUGUCAUGCACACUUUUGUAUUUUGGUAUUGGUAUAUGUAUUUUAUUACUGUAGGAUUGAUCCCACUGUUUGUUACUAAGUUGUUAUUAAAUACUCUUAAAUAUUGUAAAAUGUAUAUAUUUUUGUACAUAAACCUCAGCAAAGAAUACUGAUUAAUCAUACUAACUUUUUCAUUACAUAUAAGUGCCAAAAACCCAUUAAAGGGACACUAAAGGCACCUAGACCACUUCAGCUUAUUGAAGUGAUCUGGGUGCAUGGUCCCAGGUCCCUUAACCCCGCAAAGGUAAUUAUUGCAGUUUUUAAUAAACUGCAGUAACUACCUUUUGAGGGUUAACUCCACCUCUAGUGGCUUUCUGCUGCUCGCACCCUUACUGCUAACUCGCGCUUGCAGGACUUCUCGCAGGCAGCUCCCUUUCCUUUGGAAUAGACUCUCCCCUAGUCUUCAGUUGUGUAAAAAGUCCCUCAAAACACAUCUGUUCAUAAAUGCUCAUGGACUCCCAGAGUAAAUUAUCUAUACCUAUCCAUAUCUGUCUCUUGCACUCCACUCUCACCUCCAGUUAUUCUACUUUUCCACCUUGUUUGGUGGGUGUCACCUUUGCAGCCCUGUUUGAGCAGGACCGUCAUCUACCUAUUGUUCCUGUGUAACUGUGUAAUUGUCUCUUUUACUGUAAAUGUCCCCCCUUUCACAGUAUUGUAAAACGCUAUGGAAUUAGUUGGCGCUAUAUAAAUACCAAUAAUAAUAAUAAAAAAGGAUUUCCGGGUGAGAACAUCCAGUGUCAUGUAAAACCCCAUAGGAAAGCAUUAUGCUAAGAGCAGUUAUGCUUUCCUAUGGGGGAAAUGCGAGUGCCGCCAUUGCCACGCAUGCGCAUUAUGUCACCCAGUGGCUGACAAGGAACCCAAACUAUAGCCAAGGGGCAUCAGCGCUGGACACAACACAGCGCUGGACAAAACUAUUCCUGGUUCCUAGUUUCCCUUUAAGUGUAUAUAUUUGUAUAUAGGAUGUACUUGUUUUGCUUUUGUGUGGUUUACAAACAUUGUAAUUUCUUUUAAGGAAAUGAAUCUAAAAGUGUUCUCCAAAAAACCCCCAGUGGAAAGGAAGAAUAAUGUAUGGUUUGGUGGAUCUACUUUUGCUGCUUUGGUGAGUGCAAAAAAAAAAAAAAAAAAGAGUUUGGGUACCAGUAUUUAAGUUAAUUGAAACCUAGUAAACAGAAGUGUAAUGUGUAUCGUGACUAUGUUACCCAGACAGGUAUUGAGUGUGCAAGACUGUUGUCUUUCCAUUGGGAUUUAAAAGUUCUAUAUUUUAUGUAACGGAGAGCUGAUUUCUCACAGCUAAACUCCACCAGGUACUUUAAGAGGAUGCAGGAACAAGUAAUAAAUCCAAGAGAAUAUCCAGCACAAUCAGCAUUACAAUCCAAUAAUAUCCCAUCACUUUCCCCAAUCACUGGACGACACACAGUAUCAGGAGUAGAACUGAACUUUUAAUCACACAACCAGCAGGGCCAACAAUCAAUAAAAGGGAAUGGAACAGCCAAAAAGUGGUUCUGCUACAUUUUAUAAUAUCAGAAUCAAAUUCCUAUUUGUAUAAAACUUUCUAAGUUUAACAAGGUGCACAACCAGUGCUGUUCAACCACAGACAUAUCCCCCAACUGGAAAUACAGUCCUGUUUUAGGAUACCAGUGCCAACGGCACAAUUUAUGAUAUCCUGCUUUCUGCUUGAACUUCUGUACAGACCUCUCUUGUAUGCUCAUGCAUAUAGAAUUAAUGUCAGAGGUAAACAACAAAUCUGAUCCAUGACACAUGCAACAUGCAGGACUUCAAAGAUCUGCUGCUGUCUUGUUGCCAGAUACCACAAGACAUGUUCAAAAGUUUUGUGGAGUCCAUGUCUCGAUGCAUCAGAGCUUUUUUGGCAGCAUGAGGGAAAACUACACAAUAUUAGGCAGGAGGUUUUAAUGCUGUGGCUGAUCAUUGCAAGGCUGGUAAUUAGGUUGUGGCCUUCAUGUCAUUGCAAUGUCCUGCAGCAUAGUAUGCUUUCACCCUAGAAAAUCUCAUGGCUGGUAGGGGAAAUUAUCAUUGCUUUUAAUCUCUAGCCUAGAUAUGUAAGAGAGUUGUAGAAUUAACUUGGGCACUUUACCGUGUUUGCUAGUAGAAACUCAUAUCUUUUUCUAUUUUCCUGUGAUUCCAAAAGCCUCAUUGAUAUACAUCAUACUAUUUGUUCAGUGCGAUAAGGAAGUCAUGUAUUGUGAUGGUAUGCCAUUUUUUCUUAAAGACAGGUGGAAAAGAGACUGGACAGAUAAAAUGAAUGCCGUAUACAUAACAGAGCAUGUUAGUUUUUACUCUGAUAAUGGUAUAGUGUAUUUUUUACAAACAGUCUGUUCACAUUUCUCAAUAUGUAUAUACUACAUUAAAAUGCAUUGGCAACAAUUCCCAAGGCAUAACAAUUACAUGAGAAAUGCUUUUGAUUGAUUAUUACUUAGUGUAUUACAAUUCUGUUUUUCUAGGCAUCCUUCCCACAGCUGUGCAUUUCGAAACAAGAAUAUGAAGAAGGAGGAAGACAAUGUUUGGCGAAGAAAUGCCCAUAGCGCCUUCCAAGAAUAUGAUAUAUAUUUUUUUUUUUUGCCCAUUUUUAACACUAGGUUAAGAUUCUCUGCAAACAGAGUGCAAUGUAGCUGUAAGCUUGUCUUCAAAAUCAACUGUAUUGCUUUGUCCUUUGGCAGUUACUUUGCAAUUUUCUUUUGCUUGUGCUAGAAUAAAUGAUAAUAAACAUUCAAUUGAAAUGUGCCUUUAAAUGCCCAAAGGAAAUAAAUCUGGGAACAUGUAUACCACACAAAUCUGUUGCUAUUUAAGAAUAUUUCUUGUCAUGUCCCUAAGGAGUGAUUAUUAAGUUGUUUUUUGGUGAAUGAGAAAACUGUGGUCAUAGAAAGUUAAACAACAGAGAUUUGUCCCUGUAACUUUUAGUUUAAACUGUGCACUAAAGUAUGCAGUGAAAAUAAAUGAAUGAAAAGAAAAGGUUAACGAACUGCAGUAGAGAACCUAAAGAAACCCAAUAUUUAAAUGCCUAUACAUAUCCUAUUAGUCUCAAGAGUUGUAUGAAACAUGAACCUAGAUAGGGGGCUUAAAGGGACACUCCAAUGCCAAAAUAAAAAAAAAAUUUAAAAAACCAUAUACAUUCAAUAAAGACAUGCAUGCAUUUAAGUAUGCAUUUUUGCAUAGGGAGUAUAUCUAAAAACAGCUUGCAAAAGCUGCAGAUCUCUUUGCAAGUCAACCCCUACUAACUCCAGCUGACCUGGUUGACAGCAUAGGAAUGUAACAAGGUUAAUUAAUAGUGCCAAUUUCUAAUGAAAUCUGUACUUUUCACUCUUCACACAUCAAGCACUUUAGCAAGCUGACAUGAUUUUGUGGUAUGGAGCGUCCCUUUUAAUACUCUGAGACACUCCUAACAUCAAAACUUCUACUGCUUAUUGUCGUUCCUUUUGUUUUUGUCAAACUGUUCUAAUGUUCGGAUAUAACAAAAACACAAACAAAAAAAUACACAAGAGUUUUACUAGCACUUAGAGUUCAGCCUCACUGCAACCACCAUAAUAUUUGUACAAAUUUAGACAGCAAUAAUCGCAUGCAAGCUCUAGGCUAAGAAGGGCCCAGCACUCACAGCCUAUUACUGCCAUCAAAAAACAGACAAAAAUGAGAGGGGUGGCACUGUAGUGAUUAUGGUGCAAUAAGUGCCCUGGCACCCUCAUAUGGUACAAAGUCAAAUGGUUUGACAACAUACCUAGGUCUACUGGACGCCUAAUGCCACCUGCUCUACAAGCAAAACGAAGCUCCAAGGAGCUUCUGAUUACACAGAAGACGCUGGUAGGUGUCAGGGAGAUUCCAGAGCUGUAGUGGUACAUGGAGUGACCCUUUAAUGAGAGGGGAUGUGAAAAUGUGUACUUCUGCAGACUAUUCAUUUUUUUUUAACAAAUUUUGGGAACUCUCUUUUAAAAAAACUUGCAGAGUUAGUCACCUCUAGUGUCUAAAAAAUUAUCAUAUCAACUGAAGAACCAGAUACACCAACUCUGCUAGGUAAAUAGACAUGUUAUUAUUCAUAAACUCUGAUAAUAUAGAAAAACUAUUACAAAGUAAUUUAUUAGCAUUGCAACAUAAGAUAACUGAUACAUUUAUAUUUAACAAUAUGUUUUCACGAUUUAUUAGCCAGAUGCGGAAAUCUCUCUUCCAGAUCACGUUUUUUCUCUUUUUCAGCAUUUAUUCGUCUUGCUUUGCAACGUAACUGCUUCUCAAUUUUUAAUCUAAAAUAGCAAAUACAAAAGGAUUAAUAUUCAUUAUCAUGCAUUAAAUACCUUCAUAUGCUUAUAUAAAAACACGUCUGUAUGAUACAAUUAUAUAUUGAGCUAAACAUGUUGAAAAAUCCUCCUGAAUUCCUAAGCAAGA